AUUUAUUUUUGUUUUUAGAACGCAAUUUUCUGAUGUAAAUAAAUGGAAAAUUCACGAAAAAUCAGGAUUUCUGGAACCGAAAUUCAUUCGGAGCCGUUUUGUGACUAUGAAAAGUGGUCAGAAAUCCCAAAAGAAUCAUCUGACACUCUUUCGUACUCGGAUUUCUUCUCAAAAUACAUGACGCGCAACUUACCUGUGAUCAUCAGUCUCGAUUUGAGUCAAUGGGACUCUUUUAACAACUGGAUCUCGCCCGAUCGAACAUCCUUGAACGUUGAAUACUUGAAAUCUCGCCUCGGAAACUUACCGGAAGUCCCAAUUGCCAAGUGUGAGGAGCAAUAUUUCGAUUCGCAUCGCAAAAUCCAGAUGUCUUUUGAUGAUUUCCUGACUUAUUGGAAGUCGCGUGACGCUGAAAAGCCUCCCACGGAGCUUUUAUACCUGAAAGACUGGCAUUUACGACACGAGUUACCUGAUUACAACUUUUACCACGUACCUGAAUACUUUUCCUCGGACUUUUUGAACGAAUAUCUCGUCGAUACGCAACAGGACGACUACAAAUUCGUCUAUAUCGGUCCCGCAGGCAGCUAUACUCCCUUUCAUGCGGAUGUUUUUUCCUCAUUUUCGUGGUCUGUGAAUAUCUUUGGGAGGAAAACUUGGAUUUUUGUGCCGCCCGGCGAGGAAAAAAAGCUCAAAGACAAGUUCGGAAGUCUCCCAUUCACGAUUGACGUGGAAAUUUUGAGGGAAAAAAACGUUAAAUACUUUGUUGUGACGCAAGAAACGGGAAAUGCGAUUUUUGUGCCCAGCAAUUGGCAUCACCAAGUCACCAAUGAAGUCGAUACGGUGUCAAUUAAUCAUAAUUGGUUCAAUGGAGCCAACUUAAAAGCUAUUUAUGAUGCGUUAAAGGCAUGUGAAGAGAGUUGUCGGAAGGAAAUUAGUGAUUGUAGCGACAUGGAAGGCUUUGAUCAGCAAUGUCAAGUAAUGGUGAAGAGUCUUUUUGGCAUGGAUUAUGAGGGAUUUUUGAAAAUUCUCUCGCAUAUCGUUGAAAAAAGAGCAAAAAUGUUGGAAAAUGACGAAAUUUCAACGAGUUGCGAUGAAUUUGUCUUCGACGAGAGCCAUUUAAAGUACGAUUUGGACCGAAUUUCAGCAGUUUUGAAGCAAAUGUCUGACGAAAAGUUGCUGCUCGAUCUCAAUUUGAAAAGUUUUUGUGAUAAAAUUCUACAAAAAGCGCAGAAAAUCUUAUCAUAA